AUGCAAAGAAGUUUAUUAGGAUCAAUGUUUAUGGCAGCAGCCAAACCAAGAUUUGCUACAGCUACUACAAGUUAUUAUUCACAAUACAUGAAUGUUAGAAACGGAUUUUUGUACAGACCAACCGAACAACAACAACAACAACAACAACAAGUAGUCAUCCCAGAACAAAUCGAACAAGAUGUCGAACAAGAUUUAGAAUUAAUGGCAGUACCAAAGAAACGUGUCAGUUAUACUAGAAACAGAAAGAGAAACUCUGCUGCUGACAAGAAACACGAAAAUAUCCAUCAUCAUACAGUUUGUCCAAAGUGUAACAGUUUAAAACUUAGACAUCAUCUAUAUCCAAACGGCGGUGGUGCUCGUCAAGCUGUUAACCUUCUCAAGCCACCUACCACUAAACCACCACAAACUACCAAGCCUUCUAAACCAAGUUCUGGAUUUACUCUAUAA